AUGGUCCAGGGUAGUGCAAAUUACGAAAAAGAAGACCAUUGCUCUAAUGAAGGAGAUUUGGAGAAACAAUUCCACAAUAGCGAAAAAAUAGAUGUUGAGUUGAACCCCAUUGUUGAUGAUACAGCUAACAAAACCACCACCCAAGAAAGAAAUACGUUCUUGGAUAAAAUUCAGAGCUCAAAUGUAUUCAUAAUCAGUUUUGGUGGUUCAAUGGGUAUUUUAAAUCCCGACCCUGGUUUUUCAAUAAUCGUUGGAACUGGGUUAUUUAUUUUCGUUGGUCAGCAUUUAGCAAUGAAAAGACGCUUGUCGAGCAAUAUUUCUGUUAAGAACCGGUUAGGCUCUAUCAUUAUCUUGCAUACUUUGGUAGAAUUGGCCGUGGUGAUUUUGGCUAUGAUCAAGGUAAUACGAGCUAUUGCCAAUGUUAUAUGA